AUGUCUGUGGCUCGGCUAUCCAUUGAAGACGAUGAUCGGGAGUCCAAAAAGGCCAAGAAGGAAGCCUCAUCGAUGCUGGGCUUCUCGGACGAAGAUAAGAUCGGAACCAUUCAACCUCAUGAUGAUGCUCUGAUAGUCACACUUAGGAUUGAAGGGUAUGAUGUGAAGAGAGUGUUGGUAGAUCAGGGUAGUGCUGUGGAAGUAAUGUACCCUGACCUGUACAAGGGGAUGAACUUAAAACCCGAAGACCUAAUGGUGUACGAUUCCCCUCUGGUAAGUUUUGAGGGAAAGAUCGUUACCCCAAGAGGUCAAAUUAGAUUGCCUAUGCAAACCGAUUCGGAUGUGGUGGAGGUGGAUUUCAUUGUAGUUGACGCUUAUUCACCCUACACAGCUAUUGUGGCUAAACCUUGGCUUCAUGCCUUAGGAGCUAUUUCUUCUACCCUGCACCAGAAGGUGAAGUACCCGUUGGAGGGCCAAGUUAAAGAAAUUGUAGGAAAUUAG